GCUGCGUAAGUGCCUCUCGCGAGAUCUAGGCUUCCGAGCAAGAUUUCGAGAAUGCAAGAGAAGCUGUAUCUCGCGAGAAUUUGAAACAAUUGCGGCAAGGAAGCGAAUUCCGGGGAAGCUCGUGAAAUCUGGCUGUUCAUUUGGUUCCUUGGUAGCUUUAGAUGUCGGGCGGUGUAGACCUAUUGUUUGGUAUCGCCUGGCGGGAUGGUGUUGACCCGGCUGAAAGCAAAAUCAGAGAGGAAGCUUGCAAAACAGAUUUGCAAAGUUGUUUUGGAUCAUUUUGAAAAGCAAUAUUCCAAAGAGCUUGGAGAUGCCUGGAAUACAGUAAGGGAUAUACUAACAUCUCCAUCAUGCUGGCAACAUGCUAUCCUUUUUAACCGAUUCAAUUACCCUUUUGAACUGGAAAAGGAUUUACAUUUGAAGGGCUACCACACACUAAGAUCUUUACCCUAUUAUCCUAAAUCAAUGAAGUGUUACCUUAGCAGAAUUCCCAGCAGGAUGCCUUCAGAAAGACACCAGAUUGGAAACCUAAAAAAAUACUACCUCCUGAAUGCUGCCUCUCUUAUCCCAGUACUGGCUCUGGAAUUAAGAGAUGGAGAGAAGGUUCUGGAUUUGUGUGCUGCUCCUGGAGGCAAAUCGGUAGCUAUGCUGCAGUGUGCUUAUCCAGGUUAUCUUCAUUGUAAUGAAUACGAUAGUCUGAGAUUGAGGUGGCUGAGGCAGACAUUAGAAUCUUUCAUCCCACAGCCUUUGGUAAAUGUAAUUAAAGUGUCCGAAUUGGAUGGCAGAGAAGUGGGAGAUGCCCAGCCUGAAAAGUUUGACAAGGUGUUAGUUGAUGCUCCAUGUUCAAAUGAUCGAAGUUGGUUGUUCUCUUCUGAUUCUCAGAAGGCAGCCUGUAGGAUAAGCCAAAGGAGGAAUUUGCCUGUUUUACAAAUAGAACUCAUAAGGUCUGCAGUUAAGGCCUUACGUCCUGGAGGGUUACUUGUGUACUCUACAUGCACACUUUCCAAGGCAGAAAAUCAAGAUGUGAUCAAUGAAAUUCUAAACUCCCACAGUAACAUGACACCUGUGGACAUUAAGGAAAUGGCAAGGACUUGCUCCCAAGACUUCACAUUCGCACCCACUGGCCAGGAAUGUGGGCUCUUGGUGAUUCCUGAGAGGGGCAAAGCCUGGGGCCCAAUGUAUGUGGCCAAAUUGAAAAAAUCGUGGACUAUAUGAUAUUGGUGAUGUACAUUUUGUAAACUAUAUCGAUGUAUUACAUUUAUUUUUCUGGGCUCUCUACAUAUUAACAUUUAAAUAAUUGUGAUGUUACUUUUUCUGGGUCUAUUUGUAAUCCUAUUUAGUUAAUACAAUACUUUAGCAUUUCAGAAUUUAGGCUUGAGAAUUUUCUGGGUAUAUGUUUUUCCUAGAAAUAUAUCUAUAGCGAUGAUUUAAGAUGGUACAGAUGGUGUUUGUUCUGUGUAAUGAAUCUGCUGUCUUUUACUUGGCAUUUUGUAGUUAAAUUAAUCUAUAUGGUUUUAUGCAUAAGAUGUGUAGAAAUAUAUUUUAUCCGUGAUGUUGGUACUUUGAACCUUUAAAAAUGCACAUUUGCUGGCUCUCUUAUUUUUAUCGUUACAAAAUAUACAGACUCUUUCAGAGCUUUUACCCGCUUUUCUUUAAGAACUGAUUGGUAUUCUGAGACUUAACUUCUUAAGCACUAUUUCUAGUUCUAGAAAAAUAAGUUUCUUAUUUGCUAAGUUGUUUUUUGUUAAGGACUGUCUUCUGUUUACUGCAAAGGUCAGUGACUCUAUUGACACAAGCUUUAUUUCUCCACUUUUUUUGUAUUCACAAAUACAAAUUGAAAGGGUAAAUUAUGUUGAAAGGCCAUUAGAAUAGCAGAUUCACAUGCACAUGUUUGAUUUCGACAUUCAGCUUGUAGAAUAAUGGAGUCUAUCCAGCAGGCUAUAAAGCAAGUACUCAAAACAAAACCAGAAUGAUUAAUAACUGUAAUAACUGAACUAUAUUUGGAGAGUUUUGUUACAUAAUUGCAGUUAUAAUGAGCACUACAGAAUCUGAUUAUCUUAGAGUUGCAAUCUGGAGGGGCUUUUUAUGAAAUGUUAUAUGAGAGUAUGAUGUCACAUAUUAAUGCACAAGAGGGAGAUACCUAAUGAGAAUGGAUUAUAUGAUUACUAAAACCCAAUACCAUUUACUAGGUGGCUCUCCUCUUUACACAUAUUCUGGGACGAUUUAGCUUUUAGUACUUAGGGUUUUAGCUUCAAGUUUGGAUCCUGUGUUUUCUGUAGAAAUUGCUUCACUUAGUGUCCAAACAUAAUUUUCCAACUAUUAAGAAAAAGUAUGCAGCAUACUUCAAAAGAUUGAAUCUCUUUGGAAAUUAGCUUUUUUAAAAAAAAUGAACUCUGACUCUUUAAAUACAAAAUUCUGCAGUUGAAUCCUUUUGAAUUGUUUAUUACAUUCUGUGCACUUAAACUAAAGACCGUUUGUUCGUUAACUGUUGUUCGUUUUGCAAGCAUGUAUUACUGGGCUCCUAUAACUGUGGAGUCCUAGGAAGAAUAUUUUUUCUGUACUUUUAUUCCGCCAUUAGCCAUUUUUUCUUUAUAUCUAACCAAUAUGUUUAAAGAAAAGCUGGAUCUCUUAGAUUGAAUCAGAUAUACUUUGUUAAUGCAGAAGAUUAAUGAUAAUGGGAAAUAUUUUUACUUUUUGUGUUGUUUUUUGGUGUAUGCUUAUUGGUUGUUUUUUUUCAAUUUGAAAUCCUGUCUUUAGAUACUAUAGGUUGAAAAAGUGCAUUUAUUCUGUGUAGGUUAAUUGCAAAGUAAAAUUUCAAAAUGCACUGUCA